CAUCUUAAAACAGACUGCAGUUUGAUGAAGGAACAGAAUAUUACACAAAGUAAUGACUGUUCUGACUCACUCAUAUAAUAGUGACUUAAUACUAAUUAGUCUUUUAUCCUCCAGUCACUUCAGUUUAUGUUUGUAUCAAUUAAAAUGACUGCCUGUGAGUAAAUACAUAUGUUAAAACAAGCUUGGUGCUUUUCUAACUGAAUGGCUUAUUCAUAGAGCAGGGAGCCCAGAAGUCUACACUGAUGUCUGUACAUACAAUGCACUGCGUGUGUGCCACAGCGGCCAGUGACAGUUGUCCUGUGAGAAUGUGAUUGUCUUGUUGUGAUAACAGGCCAAAAGCAUGAGGGAAUGGCAGCUGGGAUGGCUUAUGCCAUUCAGGAAAUGUGAAGGAACGUCUACUGGGUGGUUGUCCAAAGAGAGACAGUCCAUUUCUGUCUGAUACCGACACACACGUUGCUAGAGAAGCAUGGGGACCCUUUCUGGACUGCUGUUUUUCUUCUUAUCUGUGCACUCAGUAAACACUCUUAAGUGUUAUGUAUGCAGUUCCACAGUCUCUAAUGAGCACUGCAACCACAACUCUGAGGACUGCCAGGCUCCUCUGGACACCUGCAUGACCACUGUGAGCAUAUCAGGAGAUAAGAAAGCCAUUGUGAAGCAGUGCUCCGUUUCUCGACUGUGCACUAUAGCUGCAAGCAGUGUCUCACCGGACGUUAAAGGAGACGGCACUGCAGUCACAUGCUGUAGCAGUCGCCUCUGCAACUACAGCGCUGCAUCUACCAUUCAACUGUGUGCGUGGCUACUGACUCUACCCGUGUGUCUGCUCAUUAUCCUCGUUAAACAAGCUGAUUAGAAGUUGGAAGGUAUAAUUACACUGCUGUUAUGGGCCAAAAGAUGAAUUGGGUUGGUGAUGUUUAAACUCCAGUUAAUUGUUUUUCUGGACAAACUGCACACACUGUGAGAGCUAUUUAAAAUGACAUUUCAAGAAUCACUAAACAGGGGUCCUCAAAUCUGGGUCCUGACUAGUUUCCCAUCCUGGAUUUUGUAAUCACUAAUAGGUAAUGACAGUAGGUGGCCAAUUACAUCAACAGUCCAGCUAACCACCAGUGACUACACAAUCCAGGACCAGAUUUAAUGGAUUUAAGGUCUGGAUUUGAAUUCUGCACUAAAAGAUCAUUCAUACAGCUGCAAAUCCAAGGAUGGGGCGCAGCAGUGCAUGAUUUAGUGUUUUCUUUGUUCAACACAUUUGAAUCAACUUUAGAAUAAACUAAUUGAGUUUGAGAACACUGCAUUAAAAGGUUUUGAGAUGGAGCAUAGCACGGACAUUAGCAUACCCUCCUGUAGUUUUCAGUAAAAAGGUGCUUUACACUCUAGUCUAGACAAUAAUAUGAUCAGUAUAAAGUUUUGGUUUUUUUUUUCUUAAUACAUGUACAGAUAUUGUGUUGUAUGGCAUACUUGCACUGUUGAGACAUUUUAAGUUAACAUUCUGAAGAUGUUAUUUUUCUGUUGAUGACCGUUGUCUUACAGCCUGAAUAAUGAUAACACUAAACUAAUAUGCUGCCAUAUAUUACAACUAGUAAAUUGAAUACGUUACCAACCCCAAAGAAAUGAAAUUGGGGUCUUGUGUCAUAACAAUCAGCUAGUUUCUCUAAGCUUUUUCUUUUCCUAUGUGAACAUGUCUAUUAACUGUAAAAGAAAAUGUAAUUCUAAA